AGCAGCUGCACUUAACGACUUCACGUUUCUUCACGCUGUAGAUUCAUGAGGUUUGAACCAGGCCCUGGCUAGAGUUGGAGGGUAAAAGUCUGGCACAUUGAUGGCUGCCUGUAUGCUGUGUCGGCGGCUGCCCAGGCUACGCUACCUCCCAGGCGUGAGAGAAGGUUUUGCCCAGGCUCAGCACACACUUGUCAAACCACAGAAUGAGACUGAUGAUCAGGAGGAAACAGAAGGAGUUUUGCAACACCAGGAAGCCUCUGUCCAAGGAAUCUACAAGCUGUAUUACAACCCCUCUUCGUAUCAUCGCUCUGUGUGGAGCUCCACAAAUUCCCGCAGCCAAGCCGAUAAUGAAGAAGAUGAACAGUGUCUCUCCACUCAUGCACCUUCCUUCUGGCAACAGAGUAAUCGCUACAGUGUGAGUUGCUCGCGGCAUCUCUCUAGCUCAAAAAAUACACUUCUUGACUUAGCUUUCAACAAAAGCUUUGAACCCGAAAUCUCUUCAGUGUCACACCCCCGCAGAAAACCAGCACCAGCAGUUGUUAAAGUAAACUCGCGUGCUUUCCUCAAAUGCCGGCCAGAGUAUGCUUCAAUGUCCCUUGACCUCAACCAAAGGCCUCACCCAAUCAAAUGGGAAGAGGCCUUGCCGCUGCUCCGUCAGGUGACUGUUUUAAAGGGCAGCAUGAAACCAUCUGAUGUGUCUCAGUUUCUUGUGGAGCUGAGCUGGUUGCACCCAGAUAAGAUACCGUCAGUGAGAAGUGACCAACGCUUCAUCAUGCUCCUCCGAUAUUCUGUGGAACACCUUCGCCUCUUUUCUCAACCUCAGCUGCUGGAUGUGCUGCAGGCCUUUGUGUGGCUGGAUAUGCCCUCUGAUCACACUGUACUCGAGCUGUAUGAGGCUGAACUGAGCCGACGAUCUGGCCAGAUGAGUUUACAUCAGUUGAUGUUUGCUGCUGACAUGUGGCGCUGCAUUGGGAAGCAGGUGCCCCACUUCUUAAAGCACCUCUAUGACUCAGUUCGUCUGAAUCUGGGACAGGUGAAGGUCCCUGAGCUGGUCCAACUAUUGUAUAUAAUGGGAGAAGGUAGACAGUGCCCAAAAGACUUGAUCCAUCCUUUAGAGCAGAUUCUCAUGCGUCAUUUGGAAAAACUGCACCCUGAGGAGGUUGGCGCUGUAUGCUUGGGACUCUUUAAAUCCCAAACUUCAGUAUCUGAGGGUACAGUUAAUCGCAUUGUGGAUAAAGCACUCUCUUUUGUGAAGGAGAUGAGUGACUUCGCCAUUGUGAAUGUGCUGAAAUAUGUGCGUUUCAGUUAUUUGUUUCACAGGCCAUGGCUGGAGGCGAUGGCACAGGAAGUUCCUCAACGGGCCCCCAGGAUGGGUGUCAAGGGGCUGAUGCAUGUCGUACUGACCUGUUCGGCGGUGCAUUACAGAAAUGAUAACGUCCUUACUGCUAUUGCUGAGAGAAUUCCCUCGCUCGUGCCACACUGCAGGUCUAAAGACUCAUCCAAACUCCUGUGGGCAUACGGCACAUUAGGAUUUCUCCCUGUGCAGAGUCCAAGCUUCUAUCCGAGCCUUACAGAAGCCCUGAGGCAAAGAAAGGCUGAAUUCCUCCGAUACCCAGAGCAUCUGCUUACUGGUCUCCUCGGCUUGGCCUUUGUCUCUCAGUUCCCAGAGGACCUAAUUGCAUUAGCCCUGAGCCCUGAGUUUGUUAACUUAGCACUGAAAUCCAAACAGCUGGAUCUCAAAAAAGACUUGUUCACUUUAGAUGGAGCUGUUGCUCUGGAGUUGCCUCACUGGACUGGCCCUCGCUUAAGCUCUGAACUUAGGGAGGAGGUGGCAGAAAUACUGUGGAAGUUUGCUCAGUCAGAUGUGUGCCAGAAACCAGAGGUUCGGGAGGCUGAAGCUGCCCUCCAAGAUUUGCUUGGAGGAGAAGAAUUUGUGUAUAAAAGAAUGAUCCUGCCCCACAAUCGCUCCAUUGACCUGGAAGUACACCUCGACUCCACUGGACAGCCUAUACCUGUGAACUCAGAAUCUCCAGAACAGAGUUCAUCCACAUCUCCUUAUCAGGGUUGGGGGAAGUUAAACAUCGGUGUAACUAUAACUGAUGAACUUUUAGCACAGCUAAUUACUACCAAAAACAUCACAGAUCCUUCAGCUCCAUCUUUUAGAGUGAAACCUACAACUGUUCACAGAUUACAGCCUGAUGAAGGUGGGAGAGUGUUUGACUCGGUGCUAGACCUGACAAGUGACAUCACAGAAACUCGUAACAAACCCAGUAGCUUAGGCUCAGCUUGCCAGGAAUCCAAAGGCAUAGUCAAAGUUGCUGUCCAGGUCACAAGCAGGAACCACUACUGCUCCCAGUCACAGCAGUUGCUGGGACUUCAUGCCAUGAAGAGAAGACAGUUGAAGAUGGCGGGCUACAGGGUUAUAGAACUGAACUAUCGUGACUGGGUUCCCUUGCUGAGAAAAAGCAGGACCGAGAAGCUUGCAUACCUGCACUGCAAAAUCUUUGACAGUCUUUAAUGAUCUACUGAUCCUCAGACAUUUCGGAGCUAAUAGAAAAACUCAGACUGCAUUGCAAACUAGGUUGGUACUUUGGCUUCUGGGAAAUCUUUAGUUUGUAAUGAGUUUCUGCAAAGCACCAACAGCAGGACUUCAAGUCAAAUUUUGUUAUCUCCAUCCACCAUUGACGUUUUGUACAUGUUUAAUUUAAAAUAUAUUUUAUAAAGAAUUUUUUUCAUUGUGUUUUCAAAUGUGCAUUUCAAGACUGUAGAAAUAAUGCAAAUAAAAAUGUGUUAAAUCCUUUA